AUGACAUCAUCAGCUAGCAGUCCUUCAUCUUCUUCAUCUCCAAUUGUACCAUCAUCAACUAUUGAUACUCCUGCUACAUCGUCUCCUCUUGUACUUUCAUCUGCAAUAAAAACUAAUCGAAAAUCAUCUGUAUCAUCAUCAUCAUCAUCAACAACAACUAUAUCAUCAAAAGUAUCUUCUCUUCAUUGUGGUUGGUUACAAAUAAAUAAACUUUAUACACCAUAUGUAUCAUUAAGUGCAACAAAUCAUCAUUUAUAUAAAAUUCCUGUUAGUCUUUUAACAUUUUAUGAUCUACUUAAAAAUUCAAAACCAGAAACAAUUGAUUCAAAAGAUUCUUUAACACCAUAUGGACAAACACUUAUAACAUCACAAGAAAUUGAAUUAAUUAAUGAUCUUUGUAUAAAACAACAUAUAAAACCAUUUGCUGUUGAUACAAAACUUAUACAAUUAUCAACAUUUUAUGAAUAUUGUUCAGCAAAUAUACUUUUUGUUAAAGAAUUACCAAUUAGUGAUCCAAAAGCAUCGAUUUGUAAAGAAUGGUCAUCAAUUGUGCAAAUCAAUGGUGGAAUUUGUCGUUUACGUAAUAUAGCAACAUUACAUGAACAAACUGUACCAUUUAUUGGAAAUAAUCUAUUAAAAAAUUUUAUUUUAUCAUCACAAUGUUUAUCAACAGCAUCAUUAUCAAAACCAACAGUUGCUGAACUUGAAUUUCUUCAACUAAUACUCUUUUUUAGUAAUAUGUCAAUUAAUUUAUGCAAUGCACAAUUAAUUGAUAUUGAAUCUGUGCAAAAAGAAUAUAAUGUAGAUUUGAUACUUUUAUUCAAUGAUAAAUUUCCAUUGAAUGUACUCAAUUAUCAACAACAAGGUAAUCGAUCAAAUGCAACAGAAGGAUCAAUGGCACCAGCAAAUUCAACAGCAACAACAAAUACGAUUGCUGAAUCAACACCGCCUCCAUCUCCACCAUCUCCUGCAACGACUCAACCACAAUCAAAUAGUACAUCACAAUUACCAUUAACAUCCUCUAGUAAUCGUUUUCAUAAAACAAUUCAAUUUCAUGGUCAUCCAGUAACGGCAUAUAUAUGUUCUGGGCUUGGAUCAAGUUCUCAACGUGAAUGUGUUUCAAUAAAAUCUCUAUGUAGUAUUCUUUAUCCAAAUUCUACAUCAAUGGAUAAAUUAGAAGCAACAAUGCUUCGUUUAUUACGAACAAAAAAUAUCAAUCGAUUUCGACCACAAAAUCAACAAUCAAUAGGUUUUACACGGCUAAUUGAUAUAAAAGAUGCGGAAAAACAUUGGAAUUUUAUUGAACAAGAAAUGCAUUCAACGUUUAAUGCUAAUGAAGAAGUCAAUAGUCGAUCAAGUAUUUCAUCCGUAUCAAAUGAAAAUUUAAAGGCAAGUACAGUGGAGAGAGUAGAUAAUGAUGAACAGCCAUCACUAGAACCUUCUGUCGAAACAAAUAAUGAUGAACAACCAUCACUAGAACCUUCUGUCGAAACAAAUAAUGAUAAACAACCAUCACUAGAACCUUCUGUCGAAACAAAUAAAGGUGGAAAACGAUCGUUGGAUGAAUUAUUAGAUGAAGAAGAUACACCGAUUUCAGAACGAAUUAAUAAACGUGUACGAUUUGCAGAAAAAGAAAAUGAUGAACGAUUGUCUGAAAUAUCUAAGGAUCAAACGUAUCAAUUGGAAAAUGAUAAAACAAUAGAUGAUGAUCAAUCAACUGAUAAAAAACAAGCUAAACAAUUAACUUCAGCAAUAGAUACUAGAAAACGAAGAUUACCUUCAAGUCGAACAAAAAAGAAAUCAAAAGCAGCAUGGGUCAGAAAAUAUGAUAUUGAAGAUUUUUGCAUUAAAUUGAAUCAAUAUGAUGCAAUGUUUGAUAUACAAAAAGAUUAA